AUGAAAUGUAACUCGGAACAACUCACUGAGUCACAAAGCCUCUCGGCCACCGAGUCACAAAAGGCCUGGCACAUAUUUUCUCUUCUAGUCUUCGUCGGCAAGCCCAUCCCUCUGCCGGACCUCGCUUCUCAGUGCACUCUCUUCCCGACAAGCCCCGCUCUCAUCUCCUCCCUCUGUCGCAUCCCAAACUCUCCAAUCACUCUCUCAAACGACAAGCAUUUCGUCGCUAUCUCUUCAAUAGGCCUCUCUUUUUUCGCCACUUACUUCGCCCGAAAUUUCGCUGUUGCCGAUGCUUUCACGUCGCAGCACAUUCGAUUCGGUCGUUCCCCAAAGAUAUGGCUUGGCAAGAGGAAGCGAGACGUAGCAGAUUUUGCAGAUGAUGAGGAGGAGAAGGAGUUGGUGUCGUUAAAGAGAACUCGAAAUUAUUGUACAAAGGUACAUUACCAUCCAACUGAUGGUAUCAGCAGAAUUGUAGAACUGAGAAAUCUGCCUUUCUUGGUAAAUAAAAUUGUGCCCAACCCCUGUUUGUUAGCCGAAUCAAGUGCUAGACAGUUAAGUGAUAAAGUGAAGGGCAUUGAAAAUGUAGAAAGAGAAAUGAAUUUGGGAGACUAUGCAAGGAGAAAUGUCAGCAAAGGAUUGGCUGCUAGUGAGCCUGAACCAGAUCCAACCGUUCCAACUGGAAAACUAGAUCAUGAGAUAGACUUCAAGGCCUAUAAAAUCAAUCCUAUUUGCUCUCGGGAAUGUGAUGAGCAGAGAAAUAUAUCACUAGUGGUGGGUGGAAAAGUUUAUGUGGAUUGUACCACAACAAAUUUUAGAAUUGCAGACAAUGAAGUGACUGUUGAGGGCAGCAAGAAAAAGGAGAAACUCGAUUUUGCAAGUAAAAUAAAAAGAGUAGUGGAUUUUUCUCCUUUGUUCAACAUUAGCCUUCCCAAUAUACCACCUGAAAGAGAUUUGAAAAGGCUUGGUGAGGAUGACUGCAAUCAUAACAUGCCAUCUCUAGGUGAGGAACACCCCCUUGUAGCAGCAGGUGCUGGUGUUAUACGUUCCAUUACCAAGCUCUCUGUUCCCAGGGAGCAGCCGUCAGAACCUUCUCAGAAGGAAAAUAUUAAUCAGAGGUAUACGAUGGCUCCAAUAUCGCAAACACCUGGCAAGUCUUUAGGGCUUACCAAGGUUGUUAAUACUUACAAAAGGAAGCAGCAUGGUGAAAGAGAUCAUUUAUCAGUCCAUGCUGUACAUAAAUCAACGCAGAACCAUAAGGAUAUAUAUGUUAAAGAAAGAAGGGGAAAUUCUACCACCAUUUCUUCUCAGGAUCAGGCAAAACCAAAAGAACUGCCAGACUUUGAAUCUUAUAUUGUAGAAGAGGAAGAAGGUUCAGGUGGUUAUGGCACUGUAUACAAGGCAAGAAGGAAGAAUGAUGGAGCUUUAGUUGCCAUCAAAUGUCCUCAUGCCAAUGCUCAUAAGAACUAUGUUAGCAAUGAGUUGAAAAUGCUGGAGCGUUUUGGGGGUAGAAACUUUGUAAUAAGAUAUGAAGGAUGCGUUAAGAGUGUGAAUUCUGAUUGCUUUGUUCUACAGUAUGUUGAGCAUGAUAGACCUGAGGUGUUGAAAAAAGAAAUUGAUGUUUUUCAGUUACAGUGGUAUGCUUAUUGCUUGUUCAAAGCUCUUACAAAUCUUCAUAAACAGGGAGUAGUUCAUAGAGAUGUUAAGCCUGGAAACUUUCUUUUCAGUCGUAAGACCAACAAAGGUUAUCUUAUUGAUUUCAAUCUUGCCAUAGAUCUGCAUCAAAAGUACAUGAGUAUGGACAAAUCAAAGUUGGGAUAUGAUGUAAGUUUUCAUCGUAAUAUUGUUCCGGUCAAAGCCAUUCAUCCUGCAAAUAACAGCAAGUUUUUAAAUAUCAAAUCAAGGGAGAGAAUCAACAUAGAGGCAACAAAAAGCUCCAGGUUAACUUUAGAGCCUAAGAACAUGAAGAAGGCAACAGGCCAAAGGAAGGCUCAUAAUGACUUGUGUAGUUGGAAUAAAAUCAAUAGUCAGGGUGCAGAUGGCUCAGGCAUCACCUCAGCAAAGGACAUAAGUGCAAGGACUCCUUCAGCAGAAAGGCUAAGAGAACCUUUGCCAUGCCAAGGUAGGAAAGAGCUCAUCAGUCUGGUACAGGAAGCAAUGCAAAGUCCAAACCAUGGAGUGUCACAUGUUCCUUCACCCAUGCGAAAGCGAGUUGCUGCUUCUCCUGGAAAAGUGGAUAGACAGGUUCUUCAUCCUACUCCAAUGCCAAUGAACUCAACUAGUGUUGCUAUUUCUGGACAUAAGAGAGAAGGUCCUUGUGCUGGAACAAAAGGCUUCCGAGCUCCAGAGGUUUUGUUCAGAUCUCAACAUCAAGGUACAAAGAUUGAUGUCUGGUCUGCUGGGGUCACUCUACUCUAUCUAAUGAUCGGGAAAUCACCCUUUUUUGGUGAUCCUGAACAGAACAUAAAGGAUAUAGCAAAGCUGACAGGUAGUGAAGAUCUUUGGGAAGUUGCCAAGUUACAUAAUCGUGAAUCCUCAUUCCCUGAGGAGCUCUAUGAUAAGCAGUCUUUGACAUCUAUGAACCUACGGGAAUGGUGCCAAAUGAAUACGAAGAGACGAGGCUUCCUCCAGGAGAUACCAAGCUCACUUUACGAUCUUGUGGACAAGUGCUUAACAGUGAACCCAAGAUUAAGGAUUACAGCCGAGGAUGCCCUUAAGCAUGAAUUCUUCGCUUCAAUACAUGAAAACCUGAGAAAGCAAAGGGUUUUCAAACAGCGACUCAGCUUGGACUCUGGGACCAACAACAAUGUUUUGCCGGGUGAAAGGAUAAUCAAAUCCUUUAAGGCUUCUCUUCAAAAAGCUUGAUCAGCUGUGAGGUUCGAAAUCUUUUCCGCAGUUCUUAUUGCUGUAAAUGUAUCAAAUUUCCACCCCUGUAAAAUUUCCUCUUACAUGUUUUAAUCGUGUAACCUUUUUAUGCCUCUUCAUCGACAAAUUGGUCCAGCCAAAUAUAGAAAGAAAAAGAUCAGUGCUUGAGAGAGAAAUUCCUUAUAUGCUUUAACCUCUGCCGUGGGGUCAAAUCAGAACCAUCUGCUACGCAAGGCAUCAAGUUGUCGAGAAAUUUACUUCACCCAAAGUUUCAGUGGUUCAGUCAUUGCUCGGAAUCUUUUCAUCAGUUUUUCAAAUUAGGGAUAGACGGCUCAUUUUACUGGUUUCUGCACUGAUAUUUUGAAUUCCAGAGGGAUCUAGAUUGUGGUAGUUCAACAGGAAAAAAGCCCAUCUUUAAUCGCCGUUCUUAAAAUUGAAAAAUUUGUUGAACACUUUAAUUAUGAUUUUUAAUUUUAAUUAAAUCGAAUUAAUGAAGUUCGGAACUUUAGUGACGUGGCAAUGUUCUAUUGGUUCACGUGACUCAGCGGCAGCGGAAGAUAUUUUCCUUCGUGACAAAGCGAUGUUUUAGGUCUCUCUGUUUGUCAUAGGCAAGCUAUUGGUCAACCUAUGAAACCCCGAAUCUUCCAGAGCGUUUCUCUUUUUAUUUCCUCAAUUGCCCCUCAUGUAUAGUAUAAUGUCUUAAUGAUCGUACGUUUAUCAGAUGUAAAAUUGAAGGGCUUUUUAGUCACGUAAUCAUCCAGUAAUUUCCUAGAAAUUAUCCGAACCAGGUCCAUUAAAUACGCUGAUCCAGGUCGUAGGCAAAAUCCAAUUCGAGACGCUUUAUAUCAUUUUCUUUCCAAAUUAUCUUGCGAUUUCUCUCAUUUUUUCU